AUGUCCCCAUGCCGGUUGGUAUUUGGGAAGAUGUGCCAUCUGCCGGUGGGAGUCGAGCAUCAGGCUUUCUGGGCAAUUAAAGAAAUGAACCUGAAUGCCGAGUCGGGUGCUGAAGAGAGGAGAAUGCAACUGCAAGAGCUUGAACAGCUCCACCUUGAUGCCUACGAUUCGGUCAUGUGGUAUAAGGAGAAGACAACGAUGAGGCAUGACAAGAACAUUCGCAAGAAGGAACUCAAGGUGGGCCAGAGAGUUUUUCUCUUCCAGUCAAGACUCAAAUUGAUGCCCGGAAAGUUGCGGUCAAGGGUGAAUCCAUACAGAGAUGGAAUGGAGGCAUCUGUGGUGGACGACAUUCUACUACUCGUGCCUAACUCUCGCCAGUAA